GGCGGCGCCUGGCCUGGCAGCCGAACGCGGGUAGCGGGUAGCGGGGCCGGGUGGGACCAGCGAGCGGGAGCAGCGGCGACGCGCCGGGGUCGGGGCGCCAUGGGGCAGGCGGGCGCGGGCUUCGCCGGGGUCCCCCGGCGCCGGGGCUAGCGCGUCCGCCGCCUCGGCCGCCCGCGCCGCCCGCCUGGGGGACGAGGAGCAGGACGCGGCCUCGGCCGGGCCCGGGCCGAACGGCUGCGGACACCCGGGCGCCGGGGAGCCGAACGCCGCCGCCGCCGCCUCCGGGAUGGAUCAGUGCGUGACGGUGGAGCGCGAGCUGGAGAAGGUGCUGCACAAGUUCUCAGGCUACGGGCAGCUGUGCGAGCGCGGCCUGGAGGAGCUCAUCGACUACACGGGCGGCCUCAAGCACGAGAUCCUGCAGAGCCACGGUCAAGAUGCUGAAUUAUCAGGGACUCUUUCGCUUGUUUUGACACAGUGCUGUAAGAGAAUAAAGGAUACUGUUCAAAAAUUGGCCUCAGACCACAAAGACAUCCACAGCAGUGUUUCUCGGGUUGGAAAAGCCAUUGAUAAGAAUUUUGAUUCUGACAUUAGCAGUGUGGGAAUAGAUGGCUGCUGGCAGGCAGACAGCCAAAGGCUUCUCAAUGAGGUCAUGGUGGAGCACUUCUUUCGACAAGGAAUGCUGGAUGUAGCUGAGGAGCUCUGCCAGGAAUCUGGUCUUUCUGUAGACCCAAGCCAGAAAGAACCAUUUGUGGAGUUAAACCGAAUAUUAGAAGCAUUAAAAGUCCGAGUUCUGAGACCUGCUCUGGAAUGGGCGGUAUCAAACCGAGAAAUGCUCAUAGCCCAGAACAGCUCCUUGGAAUUUAAGCUACACAGACUCUAUUUUAUUAGCUUGUUAAUGGGUGGAACUACAAACCAACGAGAGGCAUUACAAUAUGCGAAAAAUUUUCAGCCAUUUGCCCUGAAUCAUCAAAAAGACAUUCAGGUUUUGAUGGGAAGCCUCGUGUACCUGAGACAAGGGAUUGAGAACUCACCAUAUGUUCACCUGCUCGACGCGAACCAGUGGGCUGACAUCUGUGACAUCUUCACACGGGAUGCCUGUGCCCUCCUGGGGCUCUCCGUGGAGUCCCCGCUCAGCGUCAGUUUCUCAGCAGGUUGUGUGGCGCUGCCAGCUUUAAUUAAUAUCAAAGCUGUGAUCGAACAGAGGCAGUGCACUGGAGUUUGGAACCAGAAAGAUGAAUUACCUAUUGAAGUGGACCUUGGUAAAAAGUGCUGGUAUCACUCAAUAUUUGCCUGUCCUAUUCUUCGUCAGCAAACAACAGAUAACAAUCCACCCAUGAAAUUGGUCUGUGGUCAUAUUAUAUCAAGAGAUGCCCUGAAUAAAAUGUUUAAUGGUAGCAAAUUAAAAUGUCCAUAUUGUCCAAUGGAACAAAGUCCAGGGGAUGCCAAACAGAUAUUUUUCUGAAGAAAUAACUUUAGUUUGCAAUUUGUAAGUGAAACUGAAUCGAGAGAACGUUCCAUUUAAUGCAGCUAACCAAGGACUCCCAUGUUUAUAUAAGCUAAUGCUCCGGAAACUUUGCCAACAUUUUAGUGUAUACACACUGAGGGGAGUGUGCUCCAGAUGAAUAUUAUCAUAGGGCUUUAUUAUAUUCUUGGUCUUCAUUUCUGAUCAAGUAAAUACACCAGCAGUUGUCAUUCAAUGCAGGUUUUUGUACUUAAUUAUAUGGUGAUUUUUUUACUUUUUAAGAGCAGAAACAGAAAUUUACCUUCCUGCCAUGUGUUUAAUAUUUCUCCUGCUUUUACUUUUGUCAUUCUCCUGAUAACUGUAAGCCUUGAGAAUGUUUGUGCAAAAGCUUUAUUUCCUGUUAUGUAUACAUAAUUAAAUGCAAAUUCUUCAGAAAAAGUUUGAAAAACUGAAUUGUGGUUAUGAAACUAAUUUGCAGGGGUGUUUUUGCUUAAGGAAGAGAGCUGUGAUAGAUUCCAAAUUUGCUUUCUGAUGUUUUCCUCUGUUCCAGCUCUCACCAAGAAGUCAGCAGACCUGCAUCUGAGGUCUGCUUUUGUAGCCCCAGCUGGCUGCCUGUUGUAAAAUUCCAUCACCAAUUUAUUAGCAGGUUGGUGUGAGCAGUCUUCCACUAGAACAGAGUGGAAGCAGUACUAUUGUUUCUUUGCUUUUAUUGCCAAGAGGUGCUUGUUUUAAAAGAGUGUUCAAUAAAACAAAAUUGUGAAGUUAGAAGUGUUCUUAAGUUGAUAUUUGCUCUCUUGGUCUUAGUAGCCCUAUUCUCUAAAAUCUGCUUUCAGGACUUGGCUGUUUAUAUUGCAUUUGUAUAUCAUUGCAGGCACAGUGUUGCGUGUAUGUAUAUAUAUAUAUAUAUAUAUAUAUAUGUGUGUGUGUAUAUAUAUAUGUGCACCAGCAUCAAACAUUGUGUGUCUGGAGGGGAAGAAGCAUGUUCCAGUCCUAAAAUGCAGUUACCAGACUCAUCACUUUCAACCCUUAAACUUAGAAGCUAACGCAUUUUCUGUAGUGCAGAAUAUGUUUAUUGCUGUUUUUGUAUUUGAAUAGUAUACUGUUCAAUGCCUCUCUUCUGCAAAGCAUAUCAUCUCAUUGACUGUGAAUCUGUAUAUUAUUCUAACGGAUACAGAUUAUGAUCUUUUCUCUUGUGAGGUAUCUUCAUUUAAUGCACUGUCCAGAAAUAGCCAUGUGUAAGAGUCUUUCUCUGUAUGCUGAACUACAUGGAAAAGACUUCUGUGGACAUAAUUCUGACCUAAACACAUGAAGUUACUUCAUCUUGAGAAGAAUGUCAUAUGGAAAUCACCAAAUACUUUGCAACUCUGUGUCGUCUGACACGGAACUGAAUAUCAAUAGAGGAAAACUUUCAUAAGAAAAUGAAGAAAGAAGAA